GUCAGUAUUAAACCCGCUGUCAUCAGACGCAGGACGUAGGAAGAAGGCCAUCUGCUAUACACAUUCGUUUGGACUUCCCUUUUAGAAAAUAGCACGUGUCGGCGCUGUCAACUUGCCUAUUAUCAGAUUAAAAUUGAAUAGCCGAGAGAUAUAACAGCACAAUGCCGUCUGAUGCAAAGAAACGUGCACAACAAAAGAAAAAAGAGCAGGCUAGUAACCGGAACAAAAAACCCGUGGCAAGAGUGACGGCCGACGAGAAUGGAUCUACGACAAAUGGCUCUGUCGAUCGUGAAUUGACUGCUGAAGAGGCAUUAUGUUUGAAGUUAGAAGCAGAGGCUAAAAUGAACUCAGAGGCUCGUUCAUGUACUGGAAGCCUCGCGGUUCAUCCACGCUCUAGGGAUAUCAAGAUUGCAAAUUUCUCAAUCACAUUUUAUGGCCACGAACUUCUGCAGGAUACACUCUUGGAGCUGAAUUGUGGACGAAGAUAUGGUCUUGUUGGGCUUAAUGGUUGUGGCAAAUCAUCGCUACUCUCGGUUCUCGGACGUCGCGAAGUGCCGAUACCGGAUCAUAUUGAUAUUUUUCAUCUGACGAGAGAAAUGCCUGCUUCGGAUAAAACUGCUCUGGAAUGUGUUAUGGAGGUGGACGAGGAAAGAAUAAAGCUCGAGAAGUUAGCAGAAGAAUUGGCACACUGUGAAGAUGAUGAAUCGCAAGAGCAGCUGAUGGAUAUAUACGACAGGCUGGAAGACCUGAGCGCUGACACAGCUGAAGCUCGGGCCGCUAACAUCCUACACGGUCUUGGCUUCACUAAAGAAAUGCAACAGAAAGCUACUAAGGAUUUCUCCGGAGGUUGGCGUAUGCGCAUUGCAUUGGCCCGUGCUUUAUAUGUGAAACCCCAUUUACUUCUGUUGGACGAGCCAACCAAUCAUCUCGAUUUGGAUGCCUGCGUAUGGCUUGAAGAAGAACUUAAAUCAUAUAAGCGUAUUCUGGUUCUAAUUUCUCACUCCCAGGACUUUCUGAAUGGUGUCUGUACUAAUAUUGUUCAUAUGAAUAAGCGCCGUCUUAAGUAUUAUACUGGUAACUAUGAAGCAUUUGUGCGAACGCGUUUGGAGUUGCUUGAGAACCAAAUGAAGCAAUACAACUGGGAGCAAGAUCAGAUAGCUCACAUGAAGAACUAUAUUAGCCGAUUUGGUCACGGAUCAGCCAAACUCGCUCGUCAGGCUCAGUCUAAAGAGAAGACUCUGGCUAAGAUGGUAGCCCAGGGUCUCACAGAGAAAGUAGUGGACGAUAAAAUACUCAACUUUUAUUUCCCAUCUUGUGGGAAGGUACCACCACCAGUUAUUAUGGUGCAGAAUGUGUCAUUCAGAUAUACCGAUAGUGGGCCUUGGAUCUACAAGAACUUAGAGUUUGGUAUUGAUUUAGACACUAGGAUUGCUCUAGUCGGUCCUAAUGGUGCCGGCAAAUCCACUCUAUUGAAACUGCUCUAUGGAGAUUUGGUGCCAAGUACAGGUAUGAUACGUAAGAAUUCUCAUUUACGUAUCGGGCGUUAUCAUCAACAUUUACAUGAACUGUUGGACCUUGACUUAUCUCCAUUGGAUUAUAUGAUGAAGCAGUUCCCCGAAGUGAGGGAACGUGAGGAAAUGAGAAAGAUCAUAGGAAGAUAUGGUCUUACUGGACGUCAGCAGAUAUGUCCGAUGCGUCAGCUAUCUGAUGGGCAACGUUGUCGCGUGGUGUUCGCAUGGCUCGCGUGGCAAACACCUCAUCUCCUACUACUCGACGAGCCUACCAAUCAUCUUGAUAUGGAGACAAUUGAUGCCCUCGCUGAGGCCAUUAAUGACUUUGAUGGUGGCAUGGUACUCGUUAGCCACGACUUCAGGCUCAUUAAUCAGGUCGCUGAAGAGAUUUGGAUUUGUGAGAAUUCAACGGUAACAAAAUGGAAUGGUGGCAUUCUCAAAUACAAGGACCAUCUGAAGUCUAAGAUCAUGAAAGAAAACGCCGAUAACGCAGCGAAGAUACGCAAAUAAUUAGCUAAUCACUUAGGGUCACUUUUUUUCCUAAAUUUAAUUUGCACGACUCGCUUAUAAGCACAAUUACUAAUAAGUGCUUACCAUCCACCACAUCCCAACUUAACAUCAGGUGAAAUUAUAGUCAAGUGCUUUUUUAUUUA